AUGUGUCUAGGUGGGCCAAUUAAUUACAUACAUUGAACCUGGAAGAGGAGCCAGGGAGUAAUGAGGAUUAAUUAAAGCAGAAAUGGAGCUGGAGAGGAACAGGAGGGGCCUGUAUAAAGCCCAGUAGCUGUGUGUAGAACGGGACUGUAGAGAGAUAGAGGGCUGUUGUCACUUUCAGAGUGAGAGACAGCCAGGUAGAAAAUAGCCUAAGGAUAUGGCACUAAGGUUUAGGAUUUUGCAGAACUUGACUCCUUGUUGUAGGGUCCAUGGGCUGGGAAAGUGGCACCAUUAAGGGGCAAUGAAAGAGAAGACUGCUGGGACAAUGGGUCCUGAGAGACUUUGAGUCCCCCCCUUCCCAGAAGGGGAAAUUACAGUGACCUGGCCAAAGGUCAAGCCACAAAGCGAGAGCAGUUGAGUCCCGAGUGUGUGGAAGGGGCGUUGGCCUGCAGAGCUAAUCCCCAGACAUGACCAGAAGGAGGUGCUCUAGCAGUGAGUAGAGCACCCUGUGACACCCUUGCCAAAGAGUUCCUAGUAAUGGUAGGCACAUUGAGCUGACAGCUCCACAAGCAAGAUGGCUGCCAUCAAAAACCAGAGCCUUCAGCUGAGGGUCAUGUGAUCUAGUCUGUCUUCUUUAGGAUCUCUAUGAACACAGCAGCAAGCAGUCUAGUAGUCAGUGCUGCAAGCAGACUUGCUGAAAGCUCUGAAGAUUUGAAGGUUUUCUGCAAUCUGUGGAGUAUCAAGAAUACAGAUAGAUGAAAUGCAUGUUGAUUCUAUUACUUGGAUGCUCUGUCAUGUAUUACAAUUUUUAAAGAGAAUUGUUCUUGACCUGGGGGUACACUCACAGAAGGUCACAUAGGAUUAUGGUGGGUUUUUUUUUUUUUUGGUUCAUUGAAAACUGGAAUGGUAUCUGUUUUAGGAUUUAAAAAAUUAUAUUUCAUGGGAAACAGCUGGUGCUCUUUGGAAGCCAUUGAACAUUCAUUUACUUUCCUCUGAAUGGAAUUUAAUUAUCUUCUCACUAUCAAGACCAUAUAUGCAAAAUUAAUUCAUUUUUCACAGUAAGAAAAGUGGAUAUAGUGUGUUAGAAUAGUUGUAGGGGACUUGGCACUGAAAAAGAGAUGCUUUUCCUCUCUUUUUGUGAAAAAGCUAAGCAAAGACUGAGAACAGGGGAAAAACAUAGUUGAUUUUUCUGUAAGUUUUCCAAUCCUAUUUUAAUGUUCAAUAAAUUGUUUUUAUUGUGAUCUGCUGGGAGGGUGAUGUAUGGUGUGGACUGGAUUUUUUCUCAUUCAUUUUUGUUGCAGUAAAACAUGUUGAGGAAACACUGUGCCAUGGAGAAACAAGAAAUAAGGGAAAAGUAAUAGCAGGGCAGAGUCAUGUUUUUCUCCCUUCUUUCCUUUCCUGAGUAUAAUGAUUCAUGAGGUAGAGACAUGACAAGUCAAACCUGCUUUCCAGGACACAAAUUCAGUGAAGACUUUGCUGGGUACAAUUAACUUGGCUUUAUUCACAAAAGCAGUUCUUUUGCCUGUACGCUCUGUUCAGUGGAAAGCAUUGGUUCAAUCAUGUGUGAUUAUUAGGUAGGGAGAAGGAAGAAAACACUCACCAUGGGGUACAAUGGAAGCUGGAUUUCAAGGAAUGAAAGUGACCAUGCCCUCUAUCAGGAUGUCACCAGAGCUGUAAAAAUUAGGAAUGUGUCUAAUACACAAACUGUGUGGAACAAUAGAAGCUACAAUGGGAUUGGACCCUUGGAAAAUGGGGAGUACAGUGAGGAGCAAACCUACAGACAUUUCACUACCACUGUGCAAAUUGUCAUCUUUAUAGGCUCUCUGCUGGGAAACUUCAUGGUGCUGUGGUCGACCUGCAGAACAUCAGUAUUUAAAUCAGUAACAAACCGCUUCAUUAAGAACUUGGCCUGCUCUGGGAUCUGUGCCAGUCUAGUCUGUGUGCCUUUUGAUAUUGUCCUUAGUGCCAGUCCACACUGCUGUUGGUGGAUCUACACCAUGUUCUUCUGUAAAAUUGUUAAGUUCUUGCAUAAAGUCUUCUGCUCAGUGACCAUCCUUAGUUUUCCUGCCAUUGCUUUGGACAGGUACUACUCAGUUUUAUACCCAUUGGAAAGAAAGAUAUCUGAUGCGAAGUCUCGAGACCUGGUUAUCUAUAUCUGGGCCCAUGCCGUGGUGGCCAGCAUUCCUGUAUUUGCUGUGACUAAUGUGUCCGAUAUUUAUGCCAUGUCCACCUGCACAGGAUCCUGGAGCUACUCCCUAGGCCACUUGGUGUAUGUCAUUAUUUAUAACAUCACCACUGUUAUUGUACCGGUGGCUGUGGUGUUUUUCUUUAUGAUUCUUAUCCGCAGAGCACUGAGUGCCAGCCAAAAGAAAAAAGUCAUCAUAGCUGCCUUAAGAACGCCUCAGAACACUAUUUCUAUUCCCUAUGCCUCCCAGAGAGAAGCUGAGCUUCAUGCCAUGCUGCUCUCCAUGGUUAUGAUCUUUAUUUUCUGCAGCGUUCCCUACGUGACUCUGAUGAUUUACCGUACCAUACUCAACAUACCAGAUAUUUCAAUCUUCUUGUUCCUCACUGCUAUCUGGUUGCCUAAAGUCUCUCUGCUAGCCAAUCCUUUGCUCUUUUUGACUAUAAACAAAUCUGUACGGAAGUGCUUAGUGGGGACAAUAGUGCAACUACACCGGAGGUAUAGUAGGAGGAACAUUAUCAGCUCUGGGAGUGUUGCAGAUACCAACUUGGAGCCCAAUGUCCGUUCUGGUAGCCAGCUUCUGGAGAUGUUUCACAUUGGGCAGCAGCAAAUCUUCAAGCCAACAGAGGAUGAUGAGGAGAAUGAAACAAAAUCCAUUGGUUCUGGUGACUUUCAGCAGAAGGAAAUCCCUACUACCAGUUUAGUGGUAGAAGAGACGUUAGUUCAGAAAUGUCUACAACACACCAUUGCAGACUCGGCUGCUCAGGUGGCUCCUGCCAUGCCAACAGAAGGAGAGCUGGUCAAUGAUAAAUAUUCAAUGCAGUUUGGCUUUGGACCUUUUGAGUUGCCUCCACAGUGGCUCUCAGAAAAUCGGAAUAGUAAGAAGCGACUGCUGCCUCCCUUGGGGAAUACCCCUGAAGAGCUCAUCCAGACAAAGCAGCCCAAGUGUAAAGCAGAAAGAAAAAUCAGCAGGAACAAUAAAGUCAGUAUCUUUCCCAAGGUGGAUUCCUACUAGGAGCAGGAGCUCUGAAUAACAAAGGAAGGCCACUUUCUACAGUACAUGAUCCCAUGGAUCAUUGUUAUGCUGAAAUUUGUUACAGGCUGAUUUUUGUGCCAAAUACGUAAAAACAAAAGGGAAACAUAUAACAGAAGUGUUCCUUAUGAAUGUGUUUUCAUCAAAUAUCUACUGGUGUCAUUCCUGCUUUAUUUGUGAAAUCCAGACGGUAGUACAGGUCUAAUUCACUUCCAAAGGGUAUGUAUGGCUUUGUAUACAUUUCCUGUGAAACUUUCAUGUUGCGGUCUGGCAGCUGGUUUAUUGGGCACUCCUGUGUUUAGUAAAAUGAAAACAACUAUUCUGUGUUGCAGCAGCAAGCCAGUAGGCAGGACUUCAAGGAGCGCAAAAUGGAGGCAAAAUAGGUAGGCCAUGCCCCUUCUACACAAAAAUGGACACAGCAAGUUUCUGAGAGUUUCAUUAAUGAAAUAUAAAAAGAUGCCCUUUCUCUUUAGCUGAUCUCUUACAGCAAAGUAAAAAAUUGCCAUGUCAGGAAAAGCCUUUAGGUUUCUUAUGCAUGUUACUCUUCUCUUCCUUUUGUAGCCCAGUUAUUUUCUCAGUUAAAGAAUGCUUACUUUUGGCCUAAAAGGAUCAACUAGCAGAGGAAGCCCAAUAUUUGGUGUAGGAGGCCCCCCAAAUUGUUUAGAAAUUAACAGAAAAAAACUUCUAAAAUAGCCAUUUCCUCCCUUUAAAAACAAAUGCAUUCCUGUAGUUUAAUGAAAAGUAGACUUUAGUCCAUGUGAUACAGUUUCUUCCCAAAGGAGCAUGCAUAGAUGUGCCUAGGGCAUGAGCCAAUGCAGUUAGAUCCCAUGGUGAUGUGCAUGUGCCUACUGGGUGCAUGAUUUUGGCAUGCUGUAAAUAGCCAGAGUCCUGGGUAAAUAUGUGGUCUGCUUGUGCCCUCUUCUUUUGACUGUUUUGUGAAAACACAAGGCAUUACCUUUAUUUGCCUGCAUUUCCCAAGGUGCAGAAAUUGUAAUACCUUUUAAACAAGUGAUGUUGCAGCAAGCUGAUGGUUAGCCUCCGAAUGGAAUAAAUGGAAGUGCCAUUCUUUACUCUUGGCGGGAGUAGGGAGACAGCACAACCCCUAAAUUUCCUUUUACUGGUGGGCAUAAACCCCAAAUACGCUAAUUGUAAUUUACACCACCCAUCUCAUACUAGAUUGGGGUGGCCAACUUGAGCCUGAGAAGGAGCCAGAAUUUACCAGUGUAUAUUGCCAAUGAGCCACAGUAAUACAUCAUCAGCCCCCCAUUAGCUCCUCCCCUCGCCUGCUUCCAGUGCCUCCCGCCCACCAUCAGCCUCAUUGAUUAGCGCCUCCUCCUCCCUCCCUGCACCUCCUGAUCAGCUGUUCCGUGGCAUGCAGGAGGCUUGGGGGUAGGUGGGGAAAGGAGUGAGGGCAUGGCAGGCUCAGGGGAGGGGGCAGGAAGGGGAGGAGUGUGGGCAGGGCCUGUAGCAGAGCCAGGGGUUGAUCAGUGAGCACCCCCGGCACAUGAGAAAGUUGGCACCUGUAGCUCCAGCCCCGGAGUCGGUGCCUAUACAAGGAGCCGUAUAUUAACUUCUGAAGAGCCACAUGUGGUUCCGAAGCCACAGGUUGGCCACCCCUGAACUAGAUCAUCCAAUAUAUGACUUUCACAGCAGAUUUCCACACCUGGUGCCUAAAUCCUUUGUGAAUCAGAACGACACUGUCCAUUCUAUCAAAAAGCUAGUCUAUCUAGGAGUGCUCAGGCAUUGUACUGUAGCUCACCUUCCUUCUUGAUUACAGAUGUAUUGUUUUGCAUAUCUUGAAUGUGAAUUUUAAACUGUAACAGUCUGUAAAACAACCUUAAAAUUACUGUACCCCUGGAACUUUAAUCCUUGUUCAGUUGCAAGUGGCCCUUCCUUUCUUCCAUUUCUGCAUUUGCUAUUGUCUCUCACUGUAGUUUAUCAAAAGCACAGAUUGAUGAUACCCUAGUACUCUUUGUGCACACUUGUUCUCUGUUUGUAGUUUAGAUCUUUGGUGCAUACCAAGCCCUCACCUGUAGCCUACUGCCUGUUUAAAUAGUUUUCUUUAAAAUGUAUUUUUUAAAACAAAUAGGUGAAAACUCUUGUCUAGUUUAAAAUAACUUGCCAAAUCUGACCAGCCCAGUGUUGAAAGAAAGAAAGAAUUCUGCCUAGGCAGAGUUUGAUGAAUAACUGUUCUUCCUUAGACACAUCUGAAGCACGAUUGUGGUUUCAGAUGGAGCUAAGGGUGAUUCAUGUCUACUAGUCACUCAAAGCAAACAUUUUAACAAAAAUGUGAAGAGUGGUUUUUAAACUCCAUUGUAAACAGUGUUUCUCAUCCUCUCCUUUUAGGUUUGUUGCUAUGCUAGUUUAGGGGUUCUCAGCCAGGGGGCCACAACCCCAGAUGGGUCACAGACAGGUCACAACCACCCUGCCCUUUCCAUUUAGCAAUAUGGGAAUGGGGUCUGGCUAGUGGAAGGGAGUGGAAGGUCCCAGGAUGGAAAAUGUUGAGAAUCACCGUUACUAGUUAUUUUUUGUAAGUGUUGGUAAAAUAUUGCAAUGGAGUAUGUUUGUUUUUUCAGAGUUACUAGUUCAGCAGCCGUUAUUAACAACACAUCUGAAAAAGAAAGCUGUCAGCUACUGCAUCUUCCUUAUAAGCUUUUGGUUAAAUUAAACAUUUGUGGUCUGCUUCCUAGUUGGCAUGAGCCAAAGCCUGCAGUCUUCAUCUGAACCUUUCCCCUUCCUCCAAACUUUGGGUCUUCAGAAUGGAACCCAGCUGUGAACCUCCCUUGAAAAAACAAAGCCACCCUUGGUUUUGCCCAUUCCUACUUUCACGUUCAAUAGAACAAUGAUAAAUAUGGAGUCAAAUUCAAUAGAUUUACACCAGGUCUGAAUUUGGCCUUUUUAAUCCUAGAUUGUUUUGGAGGGUGACAGGUUUGGUUGUUUUUUAUUAUGAAGACAAACAUAUAUGUUUCCAUUCAUAUUGAAUGUAUUUAGAAGCUGGCAUGUAUUUUUUUCAAACUGCCACUUGCGACACUGCAUUGUUUCAGGAAACAAAUUUGAUUUGGAUGCAUUUUUUUUACACUUUAAGAAUUGCUUUGGAAUAUAAAUGAUAGCUGGAAGCAUUUUAUUUUAGUCAUUUUUGCAGCAGAGUUUAUCCAUUUGAACUUCUGUGAGAAUCAGAGAAAUGUAUGAAAGCACAUCUUUUCUGUUCAGAGAAUGAGUGAGCCCCUGGAUAGAGCAUAAUACAGAUGCUUUAGUCAGAUUAUAAGCAAUCAACACUCUGGUAGAACUGUAGUCAAAGAACAACAAAUCAUUCAGGUGAGUGAUAAUGAGCUAGGGAAUAUUUCACUGUUAGGGUGCUGGUUUAAACUCAUGAUAGAUCACUAGUAACUGUCAUUAUCAUCAUAGGGCUUGUCACUACAUUCCUUCACAAGGGUGCCUCCUAAAUGUUGGAGCAGGCUUAUGCAUUUACCUAAGCCUCUUCUCUGCACUGCCCAGUGUUCCACCACACUAUUCCAUAUUUGGGGUCAGGAAGGAAUUUUCCUCCAGGGCAGAUUGGAAGAGACCCUGGAGGUUUUUCGCCUUCCUCUGUAGCAUGGGGCAGGGGUCACUUGAGAGAGGAUUUUCUGCUCCUUGAAGUCUUUAAACCAUGAUUUGAGGACUUCAUAGGUGAGGUUUUUCGUAGGAGUGGGGGUACCCAGGACUGUGAGUCACCUUAUUACCCCCCUGCCUCCAGCAUGAGAGAGACUUGCUUAUACUUUAUCCCUGACACCACCAGCCUGUUAGCCACCAAGCACUCUCCUCUGGGCUGUAGUGUCCAGCCCCUUAUCCACUAAACAUUCACAGAAUACCAGGUCUGCUGUCCCCAGAGGGUCAGUAUACACACCAGCUGUAUGAUUCAACUCAGGAUAAGCACCUUGCUUAAUACUCCAGCACUGAGAUUACUCCUGGGGAAUUCUGCGCCACUGUGUGUGUGCAGAAUUCAUGUUCCCUGGCAGAAAAAUGACUUCCUAUUCCUUUUAAGCUUUUCCCUCCAAGUCUGACAUCUUUCACAAGAAUAGCAGGGUGGGGCCGUCUGAGCCCACAAUAGCUCAUUAACCUUGUGUUGCCCUGUGUAGGGUUUGUAUACCCCAUCACAGGCUGUUUGUUUGCUUAUGCACGACUUCUAGCUGUGCAAUAUGCUCUCUGGUAACCUGUUAUGAGGAAAGAGCUAAUGAUCAAGCGUUCUACCUUUUCCUGAUCAUCAAAUCAAAGUGGGAGGGGGGACCCAAACACCCAUCCCCAUACUGAUCAUUGGGGAAAGUAAAGGAAAUUGAAUGAU